GGCUGCAUUACUAAAUUUCUUUCAAGGAGCUCCAAUACUUCAUAUUUAUUUAGAUGGAUUAGAAACUAGGAAAGCAGCGAUAAUUAAUGAUAAAUAAUAAGGUUUAAUUUAAUUGCCUGUAUAUUAAGAUAAUGAUGAUAUCUCAGGUGUGGUGGAUUUGA